GCAACAAGCUCGUUUCCGCAUACGCCCAAGGCGAGGCAUUUCAUCGAACAUAACGACCCCCCGUUCCAAACCAUGCCGCUCACGAAGCUCCACCCCUCCCUCGCCGCCGCCUCCACGCUGACCCCGAAGCAUAGCCUGAACGCAAACCGCGUUGUGGCCCUGACCCCGUCGGCGUCCCACCGCAGCGGCGGUCUCCGGGUCUCCGCCGCCUCGGUGGCGGCGGCGCAGCCCACACCGGCGUCACCUGCAGCGGGCGCUGCGGCGGCACUGAGCCGCGUGGACGUGCUGUCGGAGGCGCUCCCGUUCAUCCAGAGGUUCAAGGGCAAGACGGUGGUGGUCAAGUACGGUGGCGCGGCGAUGAAGUCGCCGGAGCUGCAGGCGUCGGUGAUCCGCGACCUGGUCCUGCUGUCUUGCGUCGGCCUCCGCCCCAUUCUCGUCCACGGCGGCGGGCCCGAGAUCAACUCCUGGCUGGCGCGCGUCGGCGUGGAGCCUCAGUUCCGCAACGGGCUCCGCGUCACCGACGCGGUCACCAUGGAGGUCGUGGAGAUGGUGCUUGUGGGCAAGGUCAACAAGCAGCUCGUGUCCCUCAUCAGCCUCGCGGGUGCCACCGCCGUCGGGCUGUGCGGCAAGGACGCGCGCCUCCUCACCGCGCGGCCCUCCCCUGACGCCGCCUCCCUCGGCUUCGUCGGCGAAGUGACGCGCGUGGACCCCGCCGUACUCCACCCCAUCAUCGCGUCCGGGCACAUCCCGGUCAUCGCCACCGUAGCGGCCGACGAGGCCGGGCAGGCUUACAACAUCAACGCCGACACCGCCGCCGGGGAGAUCGCGGCAGCGGUGGGAGCCGAGAAGCUUCUGCUCCUCACGGACGUGUCCGGCAUACUGGCGGACCGCGAUGAUCCAGGGAGCCUGGUGAGGGAGGUGGACGUCGCCGGGGUGAGACGGAUGGUGGCCGAGGAGAAGGUCGGCGGCGGGAUGAUUCCCAAGGUGGAGUGCUGCAUCCGUGCCAUCGCCCAGGGGGUGCGCACCGCCAGCAUCAUCGACGGCCGCGUCCCGCACUCGCUGCUGCUCGAGAUCCUCACGGACGAGGGCACCGGCACCAUGAUCACCGGAUAAAGCUGCCUUGUUAUUUGUUUGCAAGAGGGGGUUUGUGCGACACAUUGACAUCGGUUGGAAUUGUUUUGCACAACGCACCCAACGGUCUGUUUUUUCGCAAACGAAAUAUGAGCUUUUAAACUCAACCAAAUAUAAGUGUCUUUCCAUGAGAUAUCUGAGAUUUAUGUUGUUCAAGGAACGAAUCAAAUCAAAGUCAGCAUGUAACUUUAUUUAUUAUACAAAUAAUUUUAUUAUGCUGGCCAUUUCAAC